AUGUAUGGGGAUUCAAAUCGUCCCCAUCAUUCAUCACAACCAGAAUGGAGGCUCGGUCAACCAUCGCAACAGCCAGGACCACCGCCACCACCUCCACCACCACCACCACCACCACCUCCUCCACCACGUCUGCAAGCUUCAUACACACCAGCCAUUUAUGGACCGAUCUCACCGGGUCCGAAUUCGAGGGUAUCGCCAAAUGUCGCGGAUACAACCACGUGGGGAGUGCGGUUCAACCAAAAUCAAGGCCCCCCGUUGCCGCCUCGACCUUCAACUACCAGUGAGCAAUCAUACAACUACGCGCAACCGCAGCAAAACCUAUCUCAUGCAAACCAUCCCUUCAUUCCACCCUCCGAACCUCACCCGCCUCCACCUGCAUAUACACAAAUAAACGCUGUGCCGCCGCCGCCCCCCAAGAUCCCUCAACAUGCGCCAACACCACACUAUGGCCAGGCGGCGCAACCUCCAUUGCUCGCGCAGGGCGUAGGGCCAGCUGCGAUGACAGGGUCUUACCCGUUCCGGCCUCCGCUCAACACAAACGCAUCCUCCACGGGCGCAUCGGCUCUGGGCGUAGGAACACCGUCAGAUUGGGAGCAUCUUGGUCCCACCCCGGGAGAUUUCGACGAUGCAGCUUGGUUCCCGCCUCGGAGGACGCCCUCUCCGCGACAGGACUCUGCCCAACUGUCUUCAGCGCCCAGCGGUAUGCCUAGUGUGCCCGUGACAAACCCAUCUGACAUGCACUAUCGCCCAAGAACAGAUACAACCGAAACAUUUUCCAGCACCAUUUCUGGGGUGACGCAGAUAGGACAAAAUAGCGCUGGGUCACCGGUUAGUCCAUGCACCUCACAGGGAAUGCCAACCCCGCCUCCGUUGGUUCGCAUGGACAGCACCAACCCUGCUAUAUCUAUGGUCGGGCGCUCGGACACUAUCGAUAAUGUGAUCGAUGCAUGGGUUCAACCAAUAUCGCCUGCACCGAAACCAGUCCAGCACGAGCGUCAGGGCUCAACGGGUGAGUCGCAGAAUCCCGGGCCAUUUACCCAAACCAGCCCGAUUGAGCGUUCAGAGUCGGUGCACGUCAACUCGUCGCCUGCCGAGCAUCUGCGAUCGAACUCCAGUGUCUCUGCACGGGUCAUUGGAAGGUCGGAAAGUGCCGCUCCGCCGAAAAAUCCUGAUCCCUUUGAGGAUUUGGAUCCCUGGUCCAAGUCAUCUUUAGAGCGCUUUGUCGCCAUGCUACGCAAGGAGGCAGUGGCCGACUUGGACGAGGAACGGUACAAGAUCUUCACUGCGUUUAUGGCUAAGGAGAUGAAGCUUCGGGAGAUUCUUUAUGGCAUUGAGCAUGAACCGGAGAUCGCUCAGGCGCCUCCGCGAGCUCCUGACUCUGUUGUUCAGUUAGCACCAAUUCCUAACCAGUCCAAAGCACCUAUCGAGUCGGGACUUAUACCAGUCUCAUCAGAAGAUAACCCGCUCCUCUCGGCGACAACUACAACAACAGAAUAUGAAGAUGAUGAUGUUACCAGUGAGUACAGUUCAGGUGGUCGCCCCAUUUUCGCCGGGCGACGGAACUCGCAGUAUACUCCCACUUUGUCCACGCUUCCUUCGGGACCAGAGCGAACAUCUAGUCUGUCAAGAGUUUCAUCGUUUCCCAUAUCUGCAGAUCCGCAGAAGCAGAUCCUAGAGCCUCUGACCACAAACCCUCCAAGGCCCAUAUACACUCCAUUCCAGUACACAGAGGGCCCCCAGCGAGGCUCGGAUAAUCUCACAUUUGACCGUCCAGCCUACCAAGCGUAUUCCGAUCUGCGGCAGGCUGCUGUCAACGGGCGAGUUAUGUCGAACGGGCCAAUACCCGCAACUCGAUCGACAUCUAACCCUGCAAUCGUCUCUCCAACUUUGAAUGAACAGGAUGAGACUUUCCUCGGUCUCAUUCGCCACAAAAGUGUCGCUUACACUACGCCUCCUGAACGAAAUGCUACGCCGCAAGCAUUACUGCCAGAAGCUUUUCAGAAAGGCCGGCCUAUUAGUCUUGUGGAGGAUCUACGUACUAUGGUUUGGAAACCUCUGGACAACCAGUCUGAAAGCCCUUGGCACAUCACCACUCGGGGAGGUCUUGAAAAGUUCCCUGAUGAUUUCUCGUAUAUUCGACAGGCUGCAGAUCGGUGGGAAGCAAAAGCGUCUGUCCGACGGAAAAAGCUGGACCAAGAACGUAAGCUUCGUCAAGAAGAAUCCGAGGAACACAUCGAUGAUCUUUUCAAUGAAAAAUCAAUCGGAUACGCGGAUAUCAACACCUUGGAGGAAGAGUUUCGACAAACCGAAGCUCGAGUUCAACUGGAGGAGGAACGGCAAGAAGUGGAGGAUUUCAUCAAGCAGGUCUUCAACCCUUUAGACGAACACUUGAAAGAGGAGAUUUCGUCACUUCGCAAGUCCUACGAUGCAGCUCUCAACCAACUUGACCGCGACCAAAAAAGUCAGAAAAGCCAAGGCCCCACCACAGAGCGAUUCAGCCCAUCGGUGACCAUGAAAAUGGUCAACGAAAUCCAUAGUAAGCUUGAGAUGCGGUUCCAGAAACGUCUCGAGAUCGCACUCGACUGUGAGCGGCGCCGCAAGAAAGCCGAGCGACGCCCUCUCGUAUUCAUGGGCGAUAUGCCCGGUCUCCGAAAGCUAGACGGAGAAUUCGACCAGAUGGAACGGCGCAACAUUCUAGAAGCAUGCAAAGACCGUGACGAUCGCGCAAACCGUCUCAUGGACUCCUUCGACGAUGCAAUCUUGCACGGGCUAGGUAUGAACCAGAGCCUCCUAGACGAGCUUGCGUUGAAAGCAACGCGGUUAGACCCAGCCGCGCUGCGCGCCUCAGGCCUGCCAGAUUCUGAAAUCGAGCAGAUUCUCAAGUCCGCAGCGACUUUCGCGGCAACACUCCUAGCCGACUCGGAGGCGAUUCUUCGCAGUGCCGGGGUUGCGGACAUGGCCCUCAACGACGCAGACUACGGGGUCUCCGUCGCCGAGGCGAGGUAUGCGACUUCGGACCCGGAAAUUUUCCGUCGGCUGGCUGAAGAGAAGAAGAAAGAGGACGAGAAGAUGCAAAGUGAGCUAGACUCGAAGUUGCAGAGUAUUCAGAGAGGACCUGUGCAGAUCAAGACGUCGAUUGAGAAACUGCUUCUGGCUUUGAAGAAUAGCCCUCCGGGCGAGGCUCGGCGUUCUCCGGUUCAGCGCUCUGCCUCGCUCAGUCCUCCUGCCAAUGUGCCUCUGCCUCUGAGUCUUCGCCCUUCAACUACCGCUCCGGGACCGACGAGUCCUCCGCCCUUGAGUCCUCAUUCUGACGACGAGUUUGAGCACAAAGAGAGGCUCCGGAGGGCAUUGGAGGAAGCUAAGAAACGCAAUGCUGCUAGGAAUCAUUAA